AUGUCGCCUAUUGCUUCUUCAUCUAUGGGAUUAUUUCGAUUUGGUUUUUGUCUUUUAUUAAUUAUCUGUUGUGUUAUCACCGUAAAAUCGUUUACAAUAGAUCAUCGUCCAUUCGAAGAUCGGCAUCAACGAGCUGUAACUGAAUGGCGUUUUCGACGUAAUUUUCUAGUACCAAUGCCUUAUGUAUAUCCAAAUUAUGUGAAUACACGUAUGAUUGAUAAUGAAGAAGUUGAAAAUGAAAAUGUACCAAGAGUAUAUCAUACAAAAUAUAUUCCCAAUAUUAUAUACGAUCAAAGCAAAUAA